UUCUCUCUCUCUCACUCUCUCAUUGAGCUUUGAAACCAGAAGUACUAGAUCCUACAAGUCCCCAUUAGAUCUUAAUUUCAAGACCAGCACAAACCUAGAUUUCACAAAAUGGCUCCACUCAAGUACUUGAUCUGUUUCAGUCUCAGACAGGUACUUCUGCUUUUUGUUGUUUUGUUUCUGUUCACUUUUCUUCUUCCCUGUGCCUCCUCAGGCAGUGAUCAAACACAGCUUGAAGCCAAACAGUUUCUUGUUAGAAGAAGAAUGUUAGAAGUGGAAACGAAUGAAGACCAAGUACCCAAGAAAAAGAGCGCCAAUUUAUCCAGCAAGAACCAAACCAAGCUCGCCAAGCCUAGCCUAUCUACAAAAAACCAAACCAAGCUCAUCAAGACUGACAGCCUAUCUACCAAGAAUCAAACCAAGAUUACAAAAUCUACAAAUUCAACAAAAGCAACACCCACCCCUUCCACCUCCACUUCUCAGCUCAAAAAGCUGAACUCCACUUCACAGCUCAAGAAACUCAAUUCCACAUCAAAAGCCGCAGCCAAUUCCGCCCCCACCAAGAAAACAUCAGAUCUUCUGAAACUAGGCCCAUCCACUAACAAAACAACCAAACCCACUUCCACAAAACAAACACAAAGCCUUGUAGACAAGAAAGUCGGUGACACAGAAUCCCAAAAACAAAACAAGAACCAAAAACAAACCAACCCAAAAAAGACCACUCAAACUAAAAAGCAACAAAGCUGGCUUGACCAGGAUGAUGAAGAUGAUUUGGUUGCUGAAUUCAGAGAUCUACCGUCGAAGUUUCAUCAAACUAUCAUACCAGACCUUGAGAGACUCUCCAUAACUUCCAAGAAAUACCUUACGCAAGCCAACAAAGAUUUGACUAAAGGGUUCAAGCCAAUUGUUGGCAAUAAAUAUGCAUCUACCAUUGCCUCUACAGUCUCUUUUGCAUUCAUUUUAAUACCUCUACUUCUGGUUUCUCUUGUCUUUAACCGUAUCAAAGCUUAUUUCUCUCUACAAAAGAUCUUGAUUUUCAUCCAAGUUUAUCUCUCCAUCUACUUCACCAUUCUCUGCAUCUCUGCAUUAGUUACUGGCCUUGAGCCCUUGAAGUUUUUCUAUGCUACUUCACAGUCCAAUUACGUUUGUUUAAUGGUGUUUCAAACCCUAGGCUAUGUUCUGUACCUGCUGCUUCUCUUGAUGUAUUUGAUCCUGGUUUUUUCCGCCGAGUGUGGGAUGGGCUCAAAGCUGUUGGGCGUAGGCCAGACCCUGGUGGGCUAUGCAAUUGGGUUGCAUUGCUACGUGGCGGUGUUUCAUAGGGUUGUUCUGCACCAACCACCCAGGACUAAUUGGAAGAUUCAUGGGAUUUAUGCCACGUGUUUCCUCGUGAUUUGUCUGUUUGCUAACGCUGAGAGGAGAAAGAAGGCUUACUUGGAAGAGGGUGGUGAAGAAGGCAAGAAGAACUAGUUCGUCAAGAAACUAUCCCACGCAAUCUCACUGAAGAUAUUUUUUCAAGAAAAUGCAAUAAGGCCUAUUUUGCUCUCUGUCUCUUCUAAAUUUUAAUACAUGUCUCAAUUUUAGAUGGUACCAUUUCUCUCCUUUUCUUGCUAUAUAUAUAUAUCAAAUGGGAAUGUAGAAUUUAUGUAUGUCUAGUGGGCAUUGAAUGUAAUGUCAAUGUUACUCUACAAGGUGGAAAGUAGAAUGCUUUCCUUGCAAUUGUAUCAAAUGUCAUAUAAAUAUACUUGUAUUAGUAUUACAAAUAA